AAUUCUCAAAGAGCUCUCCUAUAAACCCAUCUUCUCUCUUCCACUCACUGUCUCUACCUCUCUCUCUCUCUCCCUCCCUCCUAUCCUUUCUAUUUGUCACUAAAAGUGAAGUCUUUGCUCUGAAUCUUGAAAAUGGAUUCUUUGAUCAAAUUCUUCUUCUGCCUCUCUCUUUUCCUAUUCAUUUCUCUCAUUUUUGGGGAAAUCAAUGGAGUCGAGGGCUCAAAUCAAAACCAUCACUUGUACGGAUUUAGACCAACGAAGCUGUUUGUGUUCGGAGAUUCUUACGCCGAUACCGGAAACAUUAGGAAGUCUCUCUCUAAUUCUUGGAAAUUUCCUUACGGUAUCACUUUCCCCGGUAAACCCGCCGGACGUUUCUCCGACGGCCGCGUCGCCACCGAUUUUCUAGCAAAAUUCGUGGGGAUAAAAUCACCAAUCCCAUAUUUCUGGAAAGAUUACGCGGGAAAGAAACGGUUACUACACGGUAUGAAUUUUGCGUACGGAGGAACAGGAGUGUUCAACACUCAAGUUCCAUUACCCAACAUGACCACUCAGAUCGAUUUCUUCCAGAAGAUUCUCACCGCCGGCGACAUCUACUCUACCUCCGACCUUAUUUCCUCCGUCGCUCUCGUCAGCGUCGCCGGCAACGACUAUUCCACUUUCAUCGCCCAAAACCGCCCUGCCUCUGAAUUUCCGGGAUUCAUAAAGCAAGUGGUGGAUCAAACAGAGGUGAAUUUGAGGAGGCUCCACGCCUUGGGAGUGAAGAAAAUAGCAGUACCGUCGCUGCAGCCGCUCGGUUGCCUCCCAGGGAUCACCGUUGCCUCCUCGUUUCAGCGUUGCAACGAGUCACAAAACGCGUUAGUGAAACUUCACAACAGCUUAUUGCAACAAGCCGUAGCAAAGCUCAACAACGAGACCAAGCAGUCGACUUUCAUCAUCCUUGAUCUCUACAACGCUUUCUUAACCGUCUUCAAGAACAAAGGAGCCAAUCCAGGGAGUACAACGUUUCAGAAUCCGUUGAAGCCGUGUUGCGUAGGCGUGAGCAGCGAGUAUCGCUGUGGAAGUGUGGAUGAAAAGGGAGUGAAGAAGUAUGUGAUAUGUGAUGAUCCUAAAUCUGCUUUCUUUUGGGAUAGAAGUCACCCUACAGAAGCAGGAUGGAGAUCUGUUUACUCUGUUUUACGCGAAACUCUUACCUCUUCUUUGAUUAAAGCGUGAGAAACACACACAAUAAGAACACUACUUUUUUUUUUAGGUUAUUUCUUCUGAAACCGCAGUGUUUGUUCUUUCUCUGUUUUUUUUUUCCCGGCAUCUCUUUAUUCAUAUGUGUUUUCUAUGUUGUGUGUUAACGGUUGUGUGACUAAUAAAAUCUCUAAACUUGUUCAUGUCUAUGAUUAAUUAGC